AUGGACAAAAAAGAAAGCGCUGACAAUGAAAAGUCAGACUGCAAAGACGACGUAGACAGACAUGAAUUUUACCGGCGAAUCAAAGAAGUUUUUAAGAAAAAGUUUUGUAAUACAUAUCUACUAACGCGACAAAAGUACUUGGAAAUAAUCGAACAAGUAAAAUCUGCUCAUUCAAGAUUGAAAAAGACCGCGUUGGACUAUCGCCGUGUAAAGAGAUAUGUUGUGGUCGACACACCGUCAGGUGAAAGGUUGUUUCUUGCGCGAAAAGAUGGAAAGCAAUCCCAGCAAAUGUUCGUCACUAUGGAAGAAACUUAUGAUAUUAUACGCGAUUAUCAUCUUAAAUUUAAUCAUUGCGGGAAAAACCGCUUGAUGAAAGCGAUGAAGCUGUUAUAUCGCAAUAUAACCACAGAAAGCGUAAUGGUAUAUUUACAGCUAUGUGGACCAUGCAGGAAUAAGCUAGUUAAACGCAAUAGAGCUCUAAGGCAAAGUUUAGAUCAACCUAAACAUCAAAGAGAUGUUGAUGAAAUUAACAAAACCGAUCCACUUGCAGCUGACACUUUCAUCCGAAACGAGACUGAAGUAGACGAUACUAAAGAAUCUUUCAAACAUCCCGAAUUAUAUUCGAGAGCCCAAGUAGAUAUAUUAGAUGUUACUACAGAGCCUAACGAAGAAUAUAAAUUCAUGUUGGUAUAUAGAGAUUAUAUGAACAAAUAUAUUCAUUUGAAGCCUCUGAAGUCCCUAAGUGUGGACGAGAGUGUUGACGCUAUUCUAGAGAUAUGUCUGGUGUUUGGUGCACCUAAUAUUUUACAGUCAAAGAACGGACUGGACAUAAUAACGCCGAUUUGUAGGCGAUUGAAUGCAACAUAUCCAAACAUUAAAGUGGUACCUGGAGCUAAUGUUUUUAAUGACAAAGAUCUAAAAGGGAAAACCAAUGGAGAUAUUUUGAAAGUUCUUAACAGUUGGUUGGCAUUAAGUCAAAGCACGAAAUGGCAAUUGGGUUUGAAGUUCGUUCAGCAUUCACUAAAUACCAAAUUCGACGAGACGAUCUGCAGAACCCCGAGUGAAAUUGUUUUUGGAACGAAUCCCAGAAAGGGCAUCGCUUCUUUUCUAACUAAGGAAGAAUGCGAUUAUAUUAUGUCGGAAGAAGAUUUGAAAACCGCAUUAGAAAAAAAAGAAAACCCACAAAACCAAACAUUAAAACAAUUAAAGUUGGAAGAGUCGUUAGUGUUGCAGAGUAAUUUCAUUAAAAUAGAAACAGAACAGCUAUCUGAGGACGAUGACAUAAUCGAUGAUAAUAUAUCUAAUUAA